GCAUUUGCCCCCAAGAAGCGUUGAUGUGCUUCCAAGUCAAUAAUUUCCCCUGCUCACAGACAACUGAUCUGUUCCACCUCUGUACCACUUCGACGAGGACAAGGAAGGCAUUGUGUUAAACAAAGAUAUUCGCCAAUCACACAUAAUCUGCCAAUGCUAACUGUAUCACUACUGAUUUGUAUGUAAACAGGUAUGACUGUUUGUGAGCAAAAUGAUUUUGGCAGACUAUAGAUGCAUUGCGCAGAAUCUUUCAUCGUGCGGCUGCUGUUUACGGUAUUUCUAAAUUCUUACGCCAGAUGUCAGGACUUGAAAAAGUGAUUUUGGCAACCAUGAAGAUGGCCGAUGGUUCCACUAUUUUGAGAAGAAACCGGCCGGGAACUAAAGCAAAGGACUUCAGUCGCUGGCCCGAUGAACCCUUUGAAGAGAUGGAUAGUACACUGGCUGUACAACAAUACAUUCAACAACAAAUAAGACGUGAACCAGCAAACAUUGAUGUAAUAUUAACUCCUCCAGAUGCACAGGAUGAGGGAGUAUGGAAAUAUGAACAUCUCAGGCAAUUCUGUAUGGAAUUGAAUGGUCUGGCUGUACGACUUCAAAGUGAAUGCCAUCCAGAGACAUGCACUCAGAUGACAGCAACUGAACAAUGGAUAUUCCUAUGUGCAGCACAUAAAACACCCAAGGAAUGCCCAGCAAUUGACUACACACGACACACAUUAGAUGGAGCAGCAUGCUUAUUAAACAGCAAUAAAUAUUUUCCCAGCAGAGUGAGUAUCAAAGAGUCAUCAGUGGCGAAGCUGGGAUCUGUUUGUCGGAGAGUGUACCGAAUCUUUUCUCAUGCGUAUUUUCAUCAUCGGACAAUUUUUGAUGAAUUUGAGAAUGAAACAUAUCUGUGCCGGCGAUUCACGGCGUUCGUCACAAAGUACAACCUCAUGUCCAAGGAUAACCUCAUUGUGCCCAUCAUGGAGGAAGAGGGCUCAGGGGAGACGGAUGCAUAGACACCAACAGGAAUCUGUGGUGAAGGAAGAAAUGCUCUUGCAACCACAGUGGUCAAAUCCGUUACACAUAAAAACAUGUAGAGAUCAAAAAGCAAGUAACUGGAUUGUGCCAUUUAAUAAAUGACUGGAGAUGGAGUGCAGCUGCCCUACACACAUUUUCCAUAAUGCUGUUGGUGUGAUGUCAUCCCAAAGCUGCACAUAUUAUUUUGAAGGAAAAAAAAUGGUAUCACCAAAACCUACAGCAGAUAUUUUUAAAACGGUAGGAAAUAGAAACGUACAAUAAAACAUUUUACGAGAAUGUUUCUUCCAUUUCAGUUGUAUAAUAUUAUGAAUGUUCUACCUAAAUAUAUAGGAUGGAUGUACUAUCAGAUUUUAUCCAACAGCAAGAUGUAUAGGAAUGCAAAUGUCAGGUAUUUGUUUUGGGACUGUUCAAAAGAAUUUGGUAAGCUGCUGAGAGACACCACUUAUAAGAAGUAAUCAUACUGAUGUGGCUCAUAAGCCCCAGGAAAACUACAAACUGUAUUAUACUCUUUAGUUACCAAAUUAUCAUUAAUAUUAAUAAUCAGUAAAAGGAUUAAUUUUUAUUGUAUGGGCAUUACUGUGUAAGUACAUGUAGGAAGUUAACAGCACAGUACAGCAUUCCCUUAUCUGCUGUAGGGGUUAUGCUCCUAAAAAAAUUGUGGUUGGCAAGACCAAGGCAUUAUGGGUUACACAGGGUUAGGGGAACUAAGGCCGCU